CUCCAUUUCUUUUAUAAUACUUCGACGCGUUGCGCGUGUAGGUUAGCGGCUUCUUUCAGUUUUUUGUUAACCAGCCGGGUACAAGGGAAAAUUGCAAUAUGGAAAAUCUGAAAAUUUAACAGUGCUACGAGAAAUCAUUCGAUAUGUUGACAAAGUUUUGCUGCCACAAAAGCAUUGCCGUUAGCACGUUCCUAUGGAACUGCUUUGCGCCGACCUCAAUUCUAUUGCACGUUAUAAAACUCUUAUUUUUAUACUACGUGCUGAAAGGUAUUCGUGAAUUCUGGUUUCAAGAUAUGGAUUACAAUCGUCGUCUCUCACGAUUCUCGGAGAUCUCGCUAACCUCGAAAGGAUUUGAUACGAAAUUCUCCAUUCCCACGCAAGUGAAAAUAUCGUUGAGACCGUCCCAGCAAAUGUCAAUCGCGGAACCCAUUUACGAAAUACAUCGGGCGAACGUAGCGACGAACGAAAAUUGUGGAUUGAUAUCAAAUAAACGAUUGUGCACUUCGUGCAAAUUGGCAGGAAGAAACUUUAACGAUUAGAAACGUCAAAGAUACUGGCCUUGGCAGCAGCCAUGACCGCAGUGUCAUGUCAGCAGUACCAGCAACAAGGUGCCAACUACGUUGACGAGUACUCCGACUACGAGUCACCGAGACCAGCUCAUCCAACCCCUAGAAGUUACUCGCCCGCGGCAGCACCAGCGCAAAGACAGUCAACAGCCUCCAGUCCAAAACCAACCCCCGUAGCAAUUUUGAAGCAGAUCAACAGGCACCACGAGGACGGCUCUUACACGUACGGUUUCGAGGGUGCUGAUGGAUCGUUCAAGAUCGAAACGAAAUUGCCCACCGGCGAGGUCAAGGGCAAAUACGGUUUCGUCGAUGACACCGGCAAGGUACGCGUUGUUGAGUACGGCGCGAACCAGUACGGUUUUCAACCAGCUGGCGAAGGCAUCACUGUCGCACCACCAACCCUCGUAGACGAGACGACCAGCAAGGAGGCACUUCAGAACUACCAGGAUUACGAUUACCAGCAACCAGCUGCCAGACCUGCCCCUCAACGCGCUGCUGCCAGACCAGCACCAGUUAUCGCUCCACGUCAACAACCAGCUUAUCAACAACCAACUUAUCAACAACCGCAAUACGAAGCUCCUGCCCAGCCGGUUCAGUCUCACACCCAGGCUUUCUACAACCCCCAGAGCCGUGCACGUGCUUCGGUACCUAAACCACCAGUUUUCACACCAGCUGCACAACCAUCCCUGCCCCAAUCUCAUGUUCAGUCCUUCGCUUCUCAACCCCAGGACGCUUAUUCGGCACCAAGACCAGCAGCACGUCAGAGGCCCGUUUACGAGGAGCCCAGUCCAGUUGCUCAACAGCAAAAUCAGGGUCCAGUUCAGUUCAACCCAAUUUCGGCCCCUUCUCAACCCCAACGCUCUCAUCAACCACAGGCCCGUAGUCAGAGUGGUGGGAUCCUGGACCAGCUCGCGAGGGAUUACGCUCUUCCUCAGGGUGGAGCCGCACCCCUGCACGAUAUCAGCUUUGGAUACUAUUAAUUUUAUUGUUCCAAGGAAACCCAAUUACAACCCUUAUACGCAUCGAUUCAAGAGGGACAACUUUUUACGUGACUACGGCGUGGCCCUCUUUUGCGGGGCGGCUCUGUGAUGUGUUAUAUAGACUAAGUGUUCCGCGACGCUUACUGUUACUAUUAGGUUACGAUAAUGCAGUUAAAUCGAAAUAAAGAAAGUCGAAAAUUA